CACGGCGAUCAGUUUUCUUGUAAUAUUAUUGUUAUUUGUUAGGACCGUCCACUAUCUAUGUUAUACAUUAAUUAUACGACUGCAUAAUAAUAAGUUAUAUUUAUAAUUAAUAUCGUACGUUCAUACUGCACUUAAUACAUGUGUGUGCUGUGUUUACAGCUUAUGAAUUGUGAUCAUCAAUGUUCAACGAUGACUGGAAUGCUGAAUAGCCGCAAAUCUUACCAAUUAUCAAAAACAUUGGACAGUACGGCGACGACAGUGGCGCGGCUCAGCGUCGUCGGAUAGACAAUCGCAGAGCGGUGAGAUGAUUUCCACUUGCGUUUAGUCGAAGGAACCGUCGAAAGCAGUACCUACGACCGAUAUGGAUUCGUUCUUAGACCUAUUCGACCCGGGCACAAGUCCUCCGACCAAUUGCGACGUAUGGCCAGAAGAUGACGACGACGCUACCCGUCUGCCACCCGAACCGCAGAUGGGCAACGUCGAGUACAAGCUCAAACUGACCAGUCCGUCGAAAUUGCGCUUUGAACAUCUAGUCACACAGUUAAAAUGGAGGCUAAGAGAGGGGCACGGUGAAGCUAUUUAUGAGAUCGGUGUCGAAGAUACAGGAAAGCUGACAGGAUUAUCUUCUGAUGACAUGAAGUCCAGUUUGAUCACUCUGGAUCAAAUGGCCCUCAAACUUGGUGCCACUACAUCAGUAUUACGAGAAAGAUCUGUUGGAAAGGACAAAAUAGUUGCAGAAGUUUUAGUUCGAAAGGUUCCAGAUGACCAAGAAUGUAUUGAAGUUAUGGUUGCUGUAUUAGGAGGUGCAGAUGCUGGUAAGUCAACUCUUCUUGGUGUCUUAGCACAUGGCGAAUUCGAUAACGGCCGUGGUAGUGCACGGUUAAAUGUUUUAAGACAUUUACAUGAACUUAGAUCUGGACGAACUUCUUCUAUAUCUCAUGAAAUUCUCGGUUUUGAUACUGAGGGCGAUGUUAUUAAUUAUCAAAAGGCACGUACUGCAGAAGAGAUUAGAGAUCGUUCAUCCAAGUUGAUCACAUUCCUUGAUUUGGCUGGACAUAAAAAAUAUCUGAAAACUACCGUAGCUGGUUUAAGCGGUUAUUGUCCUAAUCAUGUUAUGUUGGUUGUAAGCAGUCCAGCUGUAAAUGUUUCUAGUCCUACUCAGUUAGACAUGACCAAAGAGCAUAUGGAUUUAGCAUUAGCACUUAGGCUCCCAUUUUGCAUUGUUGUUACAAAGACUGACAUUACUCCUGCAGACAAUACUAUCAAUUGGUUAGAGUCUGUAUUGAAAUCAAUUGGAUGUCGAAAAGUUCCUCUUGUUAUUAAAUCUGACGAUGAUGUCAUUACAGCAAGUUCAGCACAGCCAGCACAAAAUGUUGUACCUAUAUUUACCAUAUCCAGUGUUACUGGUGAAAAUCUAGAUUUACUUACUAGAUUUUUAUACGUUUUACCACCAAGUAUAAGUAUAAAAGAAAAAGAAAGAUUGGAACAGGAAUGUUGUCAGUUUCAAAUAGAUGAGAUUUUUAAAGUGCCAGAUAUUGGUACAAUUGUUGGUGGUGUACUUACACAAGGUGUCGUCAAUGUAGCUACAGAAUUAGUCAUAGGUCCUCUUGAUAAUGGAACAUUUGUUCCAGUUACUGUACAGUCUAUACACAGAAAUAAAGCUCCAUGUCGUGUAGUAAAAGCAACCCAGAGUGCAUCAUUAAAUUUAGAAAAAGCUAUUCCAGGCUUGAGAAAUGGUAUGGUGCUAUUGGGAUUAGGCGUGAAUCAUAGUGCCUGUAUAUUCUUUCAGGCUAGGAUUGUGGUACUUUAUCACGCAACAUCUAUACAUAAUGGAUUUCAAACCACUGUACAUAUUGGGAAUAUUAGACAAACUGCUGCUAUUGUUGCAAUCAUGGAGUGUGACAAACGAGGCAUGCACACAAACGACUCUGCAUCAGUAAUAUUUAAGUUUGCACGUCAUCCAGAAUAUGUAACAGAAGGCAUGAGGUUAUUAUUCAGAGAAGGGCAGACUAAAGGAAUUGGAAUUGUUACACAAGUGUUUGCUUUACAAGUAGUGGCAGGAUAAAUAUUAUGUUUGUAUGUAACUGACAGUUGAUAUUUACACAGAUGAAUAUACUAAAUAGAAUACUAUAAACUAAACUUUUACAAAAUUAAUCUUUUAAAAUCAUGUGUUGUGUACAAUAUAUUUUACUUAAUAAUAUAAUGCUUAAUAAUUUUAUCUAUAGUAACAACAGUAUAUUUUAAAUAUUUAAAGCAACCAUUUAUAUUAUACAACUGUAAAAUAUAACAAUCUUUUUUUAUUAAUUUUGUAUUUAAGAUGACCAUUCUUCAUCAUCAUAUUGGUGUAUCUUCUUGUAAUUUUUAUGUUUUAUGGUCAAAGAAAACCUUAAUAGCAUCUUGUUGAAAAAAAAUGAAUUAAAAAUGAAUAAAUGAUUCAUUAGAAAACAUUUUUUUUUUUAAAUUUAUUACUGUUGUAUUUAAUAUUAUCAAUUAUCAUUUUAUGAAAAGUUAAAUUCAAAAUUGUUUUUAAUUUUGUACAGUCUUAUCUUUUACAAAUUUAUCAUUUAAGUAAAUUGAAAUAUCAGUUGAGUAUUGUAGAUAAACUAAAUAUUGCUUAGAAAUAUGAUUUAGCAUAUCAAGAUUUGAAUUCACUAUUUUUAUCAUGUAUAAUGGCAAUAUUACCAUUUUUAUGAAUCCCUACGAUGACAAGUAUAUAUUAUAAAAAAAGUUCUUACAUUUAUUACUUGAACAUGUAGAAAUAACAAAUAUAUCAAUAAUUUUUUUGUUAAUGAUAAGAUAAUAUAAUGACUAAAAACUACCAUUUAUUAAUAAUUUAAAUGUUAAAUAUAAUAUAUUUAUGUACUAUAAAAUAUUAACACAAUAAUAUAUUUUUAAAGCAAAUAAUAUAGCUUAAAUGUUAGAUUUAUCUUUUAAUGUAUAAAUUACUUAAAAAUUCAAGAAUUUUAUAAUUAAUUUAUUAGAAUGUAUAUUUUAUAUUUAAUUAUUAUUUUAUUAAAUGUAUAGUGUAGAUAUAAUUUUCUUAUUAGUUAGAACACUCAUUUAUUUUAGUUAUGAAGGGUAAACCUGAGAAAAAGGAAUGAAGUACAAAAAGUUAUUUUAACUUAUAAUAUAAGGAUUUAUAUUUUGUAGUUAAGUUGUAAAAUGGUGUGACUGAAUUGUAUAUUUUAAUUUAAAGUAUAUUCAGACACUAAACUAUUUUAAUAGGAAAUUAUUCUAUAAGCAAAGUAGAUAUUACUAUUUUAAGUUGUUUUUUUUUUUUUUUAGUUUAAAUGUAAUAAUGUUUUUACCUGUGUUCAAUGUAGCAAUUAAUACAGCUUAGAAAAUAAUAUUAAAUACAUCAUUUAUCAUUACUUAUGCUAUAGUUUUUAUUUCUUUUUUUUUUUUUAGUUAUAAAAACUAUACUAAUUAUUUUAUUUUUCUCAUUAUUUAAUUCAUAAAAUAAAAUUGUUGCUUCAGAUAUUCA